UUGCUGUUUAGAUAUCCACUGUUUCACUUUGUGUACAAUGUAAUGAAUGUUUGCAGUGUCUCUGGUACACGUCUGAGUAUUCAGAUGUAUUUAAGAGAUUUAAAUGCAAAUUAGUUUCAUUUAAUAUUUUUCAGUCCUGGCAGCCACAUUGAGUUUAGCACAGAUGCUCACAUUCUUAAGUUCCUGUGGUUCAGUGGUAGAGCGUUGCGUUAGCAGGGCAAAAAUAUUGUAGGUUUGGUUCCCAGGGAACAAGUUAGGUUAAAGAAAAAAGGUUAGCCUCAAUUCAAUGUAAGUUGCUUUGGAUAAAAGUGUCUGCGAAAUGUAAAUUUUCUUGUAAGAAAAAAUUUGUAUUGUAUCAGCGUUUCGUCCAGACGGAUCCUAUGUUUUGGGAGCCUGAAACCGGGUCCCAGAGUGGAUAAAUCUGAAAAUGAAACCCUUGCAUUUUUGUGCGUUCUGCCAUUCUGUUUAUUUUGUGAAAUGGCGAUGACAUCACCCCACGUCUCAACCCUAGUCAGACACCACUACGUCACAUAACAGCCACAACAACAACAACAAUGACGGACUACAUGCUUCUGCUCCUUUGCUACUAUGGAGAACAACAAAUCACUAUGGAAAACAACAUUUGAAAUGUGCUCUAAUUUCCACCAAGGAGGACAACCAGAAGAUUUUGGGUAAGAUCUGACAGAACCAGCAGCUGGUGGGACAACUUUGUCAAUGGCGUUGUUGUGGAAGAUGAAUGGAGGGAGAACUUCCGCAUGUCCAAAGCAUCUCUCGUCACCCUGAGUCAAGAACACAGUCCAGAAGACAGAUGGAGGAUUCAGUGGAGGUUGGAGAAUCGUCAGGCAGGUCUUCUAGGUCACGUGUCUCAAUGCCGGUGUCAAUGGAGAGCGUAGCAAGCGAUCCACUCCAGAUCUCCUAAAGCUCAUAAAAUAUUAGCACUACUGUCCUUGGCCACUUCAACAUCCUGUGUCCACUGCCUGUCUGUAUUUGUUUUUUAACUAGGCGGUGACUUGGGUUUUUGAGGCCAUGUUAGCAUCGUGAUGGAAAUCCUUCUCAGUUGGAUCCCUUGGAUACUGUGCCUGAAACACAUCCAUUAUAUCAGAAUAUUUUGUCAACUUGUGAUCGAGUGUAACUCUGAGUAGAAGUUCGACUCCGUCAGCCGUCCAUACGACUCCACUCUUGCUCUUGAAGUUGUUGUAUUCGCCAUCUUUGUUUACUUGCUGUUGUGUUACUUUUGUACACAGCACACUAAGUUUAUGCACAUGCUAAAACAAAUUUUCUAAGUUUUUAUUGUAUCUCUGUGGCAGAAUUAUAGCACCACAUACUGAUCUGACAUGUAUACUACAUCAUUUUGAGUUAUUUCGGUGCUUUCUUGUGUACAAAAAAGAUUGUGAUGGGGAACGUUCUGGCUUCGUGUGGAUGUGGAUUAAAGUCAUAGUGGCCAUGGUCUCAAAUUCCACAGUCAUGAGAUCAACCUGCUGUUAGUUCAAGACUGCUGUCCAACUUCAGACACAUGAGCAUCACCGAGGAAAAACUGACCCCAGAGAGACAGAUUACUAUCUUGAUAAAAAUCAAUAAUUAUUCAUCAUAAUUUAUAUCGUACACUCUCAGAAAUGAAGGUACAAAAGCUGUCACUGGGGUGGUACCUUUUUGAAAGGUACAUGUUUCUAAAGGGUCCAUUUCGGAACCUUAAAUUGUAAAUAUUAGAACCUGAUAGGAACAAAAGUGUUCCUUUUGAAAAGGUACUGCCACAGUGACAGCUUUUGUACCCUUCAUUUCUGAGAGUGUACAUGAUCAUAAUUCCCUUUAUUUCAGCUCGUCUCCCUGUUCCUGUCAUCAGCAGAGACUCUUCACAAUGUUCUUCAUCAUCAUCCUCAUCCUCGCAGCAGAAUUGUUCAUUGGUGUGUUCAGUGGUGAAUGUGAGUCAUGUGACUCUCUCCUGGUACAAAGGAAACAGUUUUUUGUCCAGCAUCAGCGUGUCUGAUCUUAACAGAAACCUUCAUUUAGAGGUGAAAAAUACAGAUAAUAACAGCUACAGCUGUGUGGUAAAAAAUCCCAUCAGCAACCAGACUCAACAUCUGAACAUCACUCAACUCUGUCACACAUGUGCAAGUCUACAGCCCACUCCAAACUCUUCUUCAGGUUCUUUAGGCUCUGGACUUAUGAUAGGGCUGAGUUCUGCUGCUGUUGCUGUAUUUCUGGUGCUGUUAGCUGCAGUCGGGAUCUUCUGGAUCUACAAGAGACACAGAAAAACAGACCAAGCAGACCAGACUCGUAACGAAGACAUCACUUACGCUGAUCCAACGUUCUACCAACGAAAAGCAAAGAAAUCGGAAGUCAAGCAGGAGGAAGAGGUGGUGUACGCAGGCGUCGUCAUGAAACGUUGAUCAAACAGUUCAUUUAUGAUGUUGCGAUCACAGACAGAACUGUUUACUUUGGAUUGUAAAGAAUUUUAAAGCUG